AUGACCAUUUCUUACUCGGAUAACUUCGGCAAACUGUUGCUACGAUGGAAGGGCAGUCUAUGGAAGUCCAUCUGGAGGGAUCUCCUCGUUUUCCUCACGAUCUACUACGUCAUCAACUUCGCGUACCGUUACGCGUUCAACGAACAGCAGCGCUCCUCUUUCAAAGUGCUGGUGAUCUACUGCGAGAAAGCGACGCAAUAUAUUCCGAUUACCUUCUUACUUGGUUUCUUCGUAUCAACCGUCGUGACCCGGUGGUGGGACCAGUGCAGCUUGAUCAUGUGGCCCGACAGGUUCAUGUGUUUCGUGACUACGUAUAUUCGUGGUCCUGAGUACUUGUUGCUACGACGCACGAUCGCCCGCUGGUGCAACCUCGCCUCGGCUUUGUGCUGGAGGGGUCUGUGCAUCCGAACGAUCAAACGGUUUCCAACAAUGGAUCACCUGGUAAGAGCCGGUCUCAUGAUGCCCGAGGAACUAGAGACCUUCGAGAGGACCGAGGCUCCGUACGGCAAGUGGUGGUUGCCGCUGGUCUGGGUGUCGAAUCUGUUGAAAAAGUGCCAUGACGAAAAAGUGAUCGACUCGGUACUGCUGAAGAGUCUGAUCAAGGAGUUGCAAAUAUACCGCAGCGGCUUCGGAAUGCUCGUCAUGUACGACUGGGUCAGCGUCCCGCUGGUGUACACACAGGUGGUAGCCAUAGCUACUUACGGCUAUUUCACCAUUUGUCUUGUGGGCCGGCAAAUGGUUGGAGCAGCAGAUGAGCCGGACAUAUACGUUCCAAUUUUCACCAUUCUUCAGUUCCUCUUUUACAUGGGCUGGUUGAAAGUCGGCGAAGAUCUGAUGAACCCCUUCGGUGAAGACGACGAUGACUUCGAACUGAACUACAUUCUGGAUCGAAACAUUCAGGUCGCAUACCUCCUGGCUGAGGACAUGCACGAUCAGUUGCCUCCUCUGAGUAAAGAUCCUUACUGGAGUCAAAAAGUUCCGCAGAUCCCAUACACAAGAGCUUCUCUGGAGAAAAAGGAAAACAUAUUCGAAGGCCAUCUGAACAAACUGCAUUUCUCUAAAAACGACAUGGAUGUCAUCGGGUUGCAGAAGAUGGUAGAAAAACGCGUCAAGACGACACUGAAGAUG